CUCUAACCAAGUGGAAAGUUAUCCGCGAUAGAAAUUUGUGAGAGACAACUGCGCGAGACCGUCAGGUCAAAAAGAAAGAAAGGGACAGGAUACAGAUUUAUGCUACAGGUUCACAUUUACCCGCAUCAAUAAUGUAAUCUCGCGAGAGUUGUUCUUAUCGCAAACACGAAUAUGUCCGCGAACACGUAGCACUUGCCUUUAUCGAGCGCAUCUUACGUGGCACCGACAUUAUCCGAGAUAUAUCCAAUUACCUAGGGGUGUCUUUCUUAACAAAACGCUACUGUUGACAGGACACGUCUGUUCUCAUUACGUUUGCAGAAUUGAUUGGGAUGCACGAGAAAAGGAAAAAGUUACAAACUAUGCGUGCUUUAAUACUUGUCGGUGGUUAUGGGACCAGACUGCGACCUCUGACUUUAAGUCGGCCUAAGCCACUUGUCGAGUUUGCAAAUAAACCAAUGCUUCUACAUCAAAUCGAAGCACUGGUACAGACAAAUGUAACUGAAGUUAUAUUGGCUGUUUCCUAUCGGGCGCAACAGAUGGAAGAAGAGUUGGUUCACGAGACGAAGAAACUGGGCGUACGGCUUAUCUUCUCUCACGAACCGGAACCAUUGGGUACCGCCGGGCCACUCGCGCUCGCGCGCCAAUAUUUAUGUGCCAGUGACGAUCCAUUUUUUGUCUUGAACUCUGAUAUCAUUUGCGACUUUCCUUUUAAACAGCUCCUCGAGUUCCAUGAGAAUCAUGGGAAAGAGGGAACUAUAGUCGUCACGAAAGUAGAGGAGCCGUCAAAGUAUGGUGUAGUUGUAUAUGGAGAAGAUGGAAAGAUUGAAAGCUUUGUUGAAAAGCCACAAGAGUUUAUAUCGAAUAAAAUUAACGCAGGAAUGUACAUCCUUAAUCCAAGCGUAUUAGACCGAAUAGAAUUGAAGCCUACGAGCAUCGAGAAAGAAGUCUUCCCGAGUAUGGCUCAGGAUGGAGAAUUAUACGCCAUGGAAUUGCCAGGCUUCUGGAUGGAUGUGGGACAGCCUAAAGACUUUCUCACAGUGUCCAUAACUUUAUUAUCAGGAAUGUCUAUGUAUCUUGCCUCGUUGAGGCAAAAGCAUCCUGAACAGCUUCAUUCCGGGCCUGGUAUAGUAGGCAAUGUCUUGAUAGAUCCAACGGCUACGAUCGGCAAGGAUUGUAGAAUCGGACCCAACGUCACGAUUGGUCCUGGCGCCACUCUAGCUGAUGGAUGCUGCAUUAAACGAAGCACUAUUCUUAAAGCAGCUGUGAUAAAAGAGCAUGCUUGGCUAGAUGGUUGUAUCGUCGGCUGGAGAAGCGUUGUAGGGCGAUGGGUGCGAAUGGAAGGUACAACUGUAUUAGGAGAAGACGUUAUCGUCAAGGACGAAUUAUACAUUAAUGGCGGACAGGUUUUGCCACACAAGAGCAUCUCCACUUCUGUGCCAGAACCACAGAUUAUUAUGUGAUCAAAGACAUAAU